UCUGUACCGGAAGUGUGGCCUGGGACCACUCCGCGUGGCCUUGUGUUGCCGCUGCUGCAGCGUGUCUCUUCUCCGCGUCCCUCUGGCCCUCGAGGCGAGGCGAUGAUGUCGCCGGAGGAGGCAGGGUCCGGGGGCAGCGCGCUCUUCGCGGGGUUCCGGGCGCUGGGCCUCUACUCGGGCCCUUUGGCCCACGUGCUCCGCUUCCACCGCCGCCACCGAGAGUUCUACCUGGCCGCCGCCGUCGGGAGGAGCUUCCACACUUACAACGUAAAGAAGCUAGGCAUAGUUGCAGUUAGCAAUGCUUUGCCAGAGAAUAUUACAUGUCUGGCAGCUGACAGAAUGUUGGUCUUUGCAUCAUGUGGUAGCUUUCUCUAUGCUUUUGCUCGGAACAAAGAGGUUGUUCAUACUUACAAAGGACACAAGGCAGAUGUUCAUCUUGUGCUGCCAUUUGGUGACCAUGUAAUCUCUGUUGAUAGUGAUAAUGUUCUUAUCAUUUGGGAUAUACAGUCAGAAGAAGAGUACAUGCAGUUGAAUUUUGACAAGAGUGUGUUUGCUGUUUCUGCACUAAUGCACCCAAGUACCUAUUUGAAUAAAAUUCUUCUUGGUAGUGAACAAGGAAGUUUACAGCUGUGGAACAUAAAAUCCAACAAACUCUUAUAUACAUUUCCAGGGUGGGGUGGAGGAGUUACAGUCCUUCAACAGGCUCCAGCUGUGGAUGUUGUUGCUGUAGGUCUUGUAUCUGGUCAUAUCAUAGUGCAUAAUAUUAAGUUUGAUGAAAUGCUGAUGAAAUUUCAACAGGAUUGGGGUCCCAUAACUGCAAUAUCAUUCCGUACAGAUGGACAUCCAGUUAUGGCUGCUGGAAGUCCAGUUGGACAUAUUGGGUUGUGGGAUCUAGAAGAGAAGAAACUUCUGGGCCAGAUGAGAGAUGCACAUUCUACAGCAAUUUCUGGUCUGUCAUUUGUCCAAAGAGAGCCACUUCUCAUUUCUAAUGGUUCAGAUAAUGCUAUAAGGGUGUGGAUCUUUGAUGGCCCUGGUGGAACUGGGAGAUUGCUGAAAUACCGAAUGGGGCACAGUGCACCUCCAACAAAAAUUAGGUAUCAUGGGCAAAAUGGACAGCAAAUACUUAGUGCUGGCCAAGAUAGUACCUUGCAGUCAUUUUCCACUGUGCAUGAAAGAUUCAAUAAAAGUUUAGGGCGUGGUUCCAUAAAUAAAAAGAAAUCAAAAAAGAAAGGCCUUCAGUAUGACACGAUGGCACUUCCACCGAUUACAACAUUUGCAUCAGAGGUUGCCCGCCAGAGUGACUGGGAUGGGAUCAUUGCUUGCCAUCAAGGUUAUGUAACAUGUACUACCUGGAAUUACCAGAAAACGUCAAUGGGAAUCCAUAAAUUGAAGCCAAAAGACUUCAGCAAAAAUAAACCUCUUGGUGUAUAUGCAACAGCAGUAGAUAUCACUUCCUGUGGAAACUUUGCUGUAAUUGGACUUACAACAGGGCAUGUGGAUAUAUACAAUAUGCAGUCUGGCAUUCAUAGAGGACGCUAUGGCAAAGAAAAAGCUCAUGAAAGCUCUAUAAGAGGAGUCGCAGUGGAUGGAUUAAAUCAGUUGACAAUCACAGCAGGAAGUGAAGGAUUGAUCAAAUUCUGGAAAUUCAGGACUACAGACCUUGUCCACUCUACUAAUCUCUUCGCUUCUCCCAGUAAAAUGUUGCUUCACAGAGACAGUGGCAUUCUGGGAAUUGCAAUGGAUGAUUUUGGCAUUAUAGUUCUUGAUAUAGAAACAAGAAGAAUUGUGAGAAGGUUUUCUGGGCACCAAGGCCAGAUAAAUGACUUGGCUUUCAGUCCUGAUGGUCGUUGGCUAAUAACUGCAUCUAUGGACUGCACUAUUAGAACUUGGGAUCUACCAUCUGGAUGCCUUGUGGACAGUUUCCUUGUAGAUUCAGCACCAGUAAGCAUCAGUAUGUCACCUACUGGAGAUUUUCUGGCUUCUUGCCAUGUGGAUGAUCUUGGAAUUUACUUAUGGUCUAAUCGCUCCUUGUAUUCACUUGUCUCCUUGCGCCCACUUCCAGCAGAUUAUGAGCCAUCUGUUGUAAUGCUUCCUGGAACCAGCCCAUCUCAAGAUGUAGCAGUUACAGAAGAGGAAGAGACAACUGAUGAAAUGGUAGAAUAUGAUUCUCCAGAUCAGCUGGGGGAAGCGUUAGUGACUCUUUCUACACUGCCAGAAUCUAGAUGGAAGAAUCUGCUCAACCUUGAUGUUAUAAAGCAAAAAAAUAAACCCAAAGAACCACCAAAAGUGCCAAAAUCUGCACCAUUCUUCAUCCCUACAAUUCCUGGUCUUGUACCAAGAUAUGCUUCUAUUGAACAUGAAAAAGAUGGACAACAGUCAAAGAUAGUAGAUCUUGGAGUAUUGGCACAGAAAUCUGAAUUCCACAUGAAACUUGAAGAAGCCCUGGGAAACAGCAACUAUGAAUCUCCAAUUAGUUUUCUGAAAGACUUGGGACCAUCUAACAUUGAGACAGAACUGCGAGGCUUGUCACCUGAUGGUGGUGGAUCCAUUGAGGUGAUGCAGAGCUUUCUAAGAAUGACUGAGGCAAUGCUGAAUACUAAGCGUGAUUUUGAAUUGGCUCAAGCCUACCUUGCAUUAUUUCUCAAGCUGCACUUUAACAUCCUUUCCUCAGAGCCAAGUUUACUGGCUGAAAUAUCAAGGCUGUCGCCUCAACUGGAGGAAAUCUGGAUACAUUUACAGACUCUUUUCAACCAAAGCCUUUGCAUUUUAAAUUACAUUAAAACUGCUUUGUUAUAAAUUUAUCUUUUGUACUGUAAAAAUCAGGACAUUGACUAUAAUGGGCCCUUGUAUCCUCUGGGGUUUAGUUCCAGGACCUCCACCCCAUGGAUUUCAAAAUCUGUGGAUGCUCAAAUCCUAUUAUAUACAAUGGUGGCAUAGUAAAAUGGUGUUCCUAAUUUAAAAUAGCAAAAUCAAUGUUUGCUAUUUGGGAUUAAUAAACUUUUGGAAUAUUUUCAAGCCUUGUAUAGUUGAAGGCAUGGAUAAAGAAUCCAUGGGUGUGGUGGGCUGACUGUAUCCAGUUUCUUGUAUAAAAUGUUUCUAAUGGUGGAUAUUAUACAUCAGGUUUUUUUGAAAUCGGUUGUACAAUUUGAUUUCAUUUUGUUCAAAUUUAAAUAUGACUCUGUGAUGUCUUCACAAGUUUGCAAUGAUCAUUUUCUAUUUAAAUAUUGCAAAGAUAGUAAAGUGCCAGUCCUACAUUAAGCCAUAUUUAAUUUGAUAAAACACUCAAAAUAAUAAAUACAGAUUGCAAUUUCUUAAGAACUGGUGUCUUCAGAAUGAUCUGGGAAUGCCUAAUGCUGGGCAGAUGUAAACCUGAUGAGCAGUCUUUCAUGAAAGAGUGAAAGGCAAUAAAAAUGGCGUGUGGUAAAGAUAUAAAUGUCUGUAUGCUGGAAAACAUUGCUUUUGUGGGUUCAAGAGAUAGGUGCAAUAUCCAGUUGUUUCAGAUGCAAUCUUGUACAUGCUUAUUUGAGAAUAGGUUCCUUUCGGCCUUAUGUAUAGAAUUGCAUUGCUAAUGAACAAAUACUGUUGUAAGGUCUAUCACUUUAAACUAGUCUGGGCAGUGUCAUAAAUUCUAGGUAGCACAAUGGACAUUAUGUCUGUAUAUACUGUAAUUCAGGUUUGUGUUUCUAAUUUUUUUAAAAAAAAUGCUAAUGUAGGAGCAUCAACCACUGAAGGCUAUCCACCCCAUUUUAAGUGUCCAUUGGAUAAUAUAUGCAAUAUUGUUGAAUAAAUACUGUCCAGGAAGAAAGCUGAAAAAUCAUUUGGAACCAUUUAGGAUUAAAUCAUGGGGCAAGCAACUGUUUUGCUCAAGGGUUUUGUUUUUCAAUUUUGCCUACAGUAAAUGAUAACAUUUUCAGGUUAUCUCCAAAAUCAAAACCAUCAGACUUUGAUUAAAAUAAUUCUUGGAGCCUCAUGUUAUAUUUUGCACAUUCAAACAAUUUAAAACUUUAAAAUAAAAUAAAACUUUUAUAUCUACCCUGCUUUUUGUUAAAAUAAAGUGGUUUACAAUAUUAAAAGAAUACAACAAUAUAUACAAAAUAUCCCCCCUUAAAAAAAUUAAACAGUUUAAGGUGGUUUUUACAUAAAUAUUUAAAAUAAUAACUGUGGUUACUGUUAAAUGUAGUGGCCCAGAGUCUCAUCCUUACACAGAUUAGAAUAGUGGGAAGUCAUUCGCCACAUUGUUUUGGACUUGCAGCAUCCUAAUGCAAAAACUGUUGCGUUGCAGGAGACAGUGACAAGCUACUACACUUCAGUGUAUAAAUGUUUUUAUUUGUGCACAUUCACAUGCAGAAAUAGAUGUCCCUAGAGUACAGUAUAUACUCAUGUAUAAGUCUAGAAAUUUUAGUUAAAAAUAUUGGCACCAAAAAGCCUGGGUUGACUUACCGUAUAUACUCGUCUAUAAGACGAAAAAUUUAUGCCCAAAAAUUGAUCCCAAAAUCUUAGGUAGGCUUAUAGACACAUAUAUACGGUAAUGUAGUUCAAAAAAUGGCGGCCGCAGCUCUUUCCGGGGACCGGGGGUUGAUUGGCAGGUCUUUUAGUCCAGGGAGACUGCCCUUAAGAGAAAGGCUGCCUGCCUUCCUUCCCCGCCUGCCUCCCUGGGUCCCCUGGUGCUUGCCUGAGUCGCCAGUGCUCCUGCAGCUGUGUUUUAAAGGGGGGGGGGAACCUAACACUGGCCACAGCUAUGGCUGGGAGAAGCCAGCUUGCCUGAUUUCACCAGCACUAUGAAAAAGAAACAGGGAGAGCUCAGUGGUUCCCAAACUCUGUUCUUCCAGGGAUUUUGGACUUUGACUCCCAUAAUCCAAGGCCAUUAGCUAAGAGGGCUGAGGCUUCUGGGAGUUGAAGUCCAAAAACCUGGAGGAGCAAAGUUUGGGAACCACUGUGCUCUGUUCUUAAAGGGGCAGAAACUUAACACUUGCUGGAGAGCCCAGACUGAAAGGGAGGGGGGAAAGGAGCCUCUCUUUAACUCUUUCCUCCAAAAUAUACAAAGGAACAAACAAAUCUGAACAACCCUUUGAGUUAGAGAGCCCCAAGGCAGAGGCAUGGGAGAGGGAGCACCGGGGAUGGCAGGAGAGAUGGCUCUUUGGAGCUUGCCCUCACAGGGCACCAAAAAGCAAGCAGAGCAGCAGGGACAUCUCAGGGGCAGCAGCCACUGAAAAGAGUACCAAGAGGCAAGUGGAGCAGAGGAACAGUGACUGCACGUUCAACUUAUCCACGGGUCAUAUUAAAAUCCAUAAUGUUGGCCUCCAAACCCCACCUUAACUUAUACAUGAGGUCGACUUAUACACGAGUAUAUACGGUAUCUAUGGGUCAAUGUAAGUACUGUAUUUUAACUCUUUGUUUUAAAAAAGGAAACAUCCCCCGCAGAAAGCCAAGAGUGUAAUCUGUCCUGGAAGCACUUACUUCCCCCCAGCUCUACUCUCACAUCCAUCUAACCUUUAGGGUCAGCACAAACAGUUAUGCCUGUUGGAACUUUGUAAGUUUUUUGGCAUCAUUUUCCUUUGCUUCAUCCUUUAGAUUCUUUGUUACAUGACAGUAGGUUUUACCCUCCACUUAUUCAUGGGUCAUCUCAAAAUCCAUAAUUUUCUCUCCAGAACCUGCCCUCAAAUUAUACAUGAGGUUAACUUAUAGUCAAGUAUAUAUGUUAUGUGGUUUGCAGGUUACAACUUUGAUUAAGUCUUGUAUUUCAUACACAGUUUAAAAGGUUUCAGCAUUACAGAUAACACAUACUCAGAUUUUUUAAAAAUAUAUUUAACAACAAAGGAGCAGCAGUCAUGGUUGGUUUCGAUGCAGAUGGUAUUAUGAAGGAAGUAAACAUCUGCAUCAUGAGUGGGCAAGGAUUGAGCCCAUGCAGGCUCACCACCUCUUUUCCUAGCUUUCCAUGAGCUCUCUGACAUUGCUAAAUUUGCUGUAACCACAAAAAAGCUAUGCUUUGCCUUGUGAAGUGACUUUUUUAAAAAGUGGGGGCUUCUUCCCCUCCCCCCCCCCCCCAUUUGAAACAAGUUAUAUAUUUCCCAUCCAUCUUAGUUUUGCCAUUGGAAGCUCUUCAGAAGCACAAAUCUGUUUUUAAACAAGGAACUUGGGAAGUACAUGCCUUUGUUUGAAGGGAGACAAGGAACUUUUAAAGGAAAAUACAUUUUUUCACCAUUGUAGCAACAAAAGGCGUGUAUGCUGCCCUCAGUGGAUUUGUAUAAGGAAGGUGGGUUAAGGCAAAACAGCUCCUUAAGAUGGGGAGGUUGUCUAUUGUGUUUUCCACUAUUCUGGGAGCUGAUGGUGAAGACAAUUAUUUCAACAGGUAAUUGGUAAUUAUAAGGGUUUUUUGCAUCUUAAAACAAUACGUUUAUAUAGGGUCCCAUAUAUUUGUUUUUAAAAUUGUCCGUAUAAAAACUUAGGAUGAAGGUUCUUGAAAAGGCAAUGAUCAAAUAAAUAAAUUUUGGCUAUGAUUUUGUUCAGUUGUUUAUCAAUGGUAAACAUCAACAGAAGUAACACUGCCUUGUUUGUGCUGUGUUGGUAACGUUAGAAAUUACCAACACCCUUGUUGAAAGGGUGAAUGUCUUGGAAGAAAUAGAAAGGUUUGUUUAUUCAUCUUAUUUAUAAAAAAAAAUUAUAUCCCAUUCUUUCUCUAAAGAUCUCAGGGUAACUUAAAAUCAAACUGACCAAUUUAAAACAAAGUAAACAAUAAAAAUGAUUUCAGAAGGCUAAAAAUAUAUUAAACAAAUUA